UGGGAUGGAAGGAGACAGCUGACAGAGGUCUGAUCCUGACGGAGCUUUAGUUCUGACUGAGGUUUGAUCCUGACGGAGGUCUGAUCCUGACUGAGGUCUGAUCCUGACGGAGGUCUGAUCCUGACGGAGGUCUGAUCCUGACGGAGCUUUAAAUCUGACGGAGGUCUGAUCCUGACGGAGGUCUGAUCGUGACAGAUGUCUGAUCCUGACGGAGGUCUGAUCCUGACAGAGGUUUGAUCCUGACGGAGGUCUGAUCCUGACGGAGGUCUGAUCCUGACGGAGGUCUGAUCCUGACGGAGGUCUGGUCCUGACGGAGGUCUGAUCCUGACAGAGGUUUGAUCCUGACGGAGGUCUUAUCCUGACGGAGCUCUGAUCCUGACGGAGGUUUGAUCCUGACAGAGGUUUGAUCCUGACGGAGGUCUGAUCCUGACGGAGGUCUGAUCCUGACGGAGGUCUGAUCCUGACGGAGGUUUGAUCCUGACGGAGUUCCAGUUCUGACGGAGGUCUGAUCCUGACGGAGGUCUGAUCCUGACGGAGGUUUGAUCCUGACGGAGGUCUGAUCCUGACGGAGGUCUGAUCCUGACGGAGGUCUGAUCCUGACGGAGGUCUGAUUCUGACGGAGGUCUAAAUCUGACGGAGGUCUGAUCCUGACGGAGACGCCAUGGACCCCUCCGGCCUGCUCCCCCCCAGCCUGCCUGCAGCCAUCAUGAAGCUGGAUCCGGAGGACGGCGAGAAGAUCCUGGAGUUUUUCACGGCUCAUGCGCUGCUGACCAAAGAGAAGACACUUCUGACGGCGUCCAUCAGGGAGCAGAAGAAGCUGCUGGUGGAAAACGGGAAGCUGAAGAAGGAGAUCGAGCAGCUGAGAGUCGAACUGCAGGACAAGCAGCAGCGGCGCGCCGCCAAAACCUCGGCUUCUAAAGCCCCGCCUCCCCAGAAUGUUGGCCCCGCCCCCGCUGCAGCUCUUCCUCCAUCCUCAUUGGACGGGAGGGAGAGACAGAGCAGGAGGAGGAGAGGAGAGAGGAAAGCUCGUCCCACCUCAGAUCAUCUCUCCCUGGGGGCGGAGUCUCGGUGUGACGUGUCACGCCUGGACCUGCGGGUUGGACGAAUCCUCAGCGUCCGCCACCACCCGCUGACGGAGGACAUGAGCGUCCAGGAGGUGGACGUGGGAGAGGACGUCCCCCGGACCGUCGUCAGCAAGCUAGCGGGGGGGCUUCUGGACAAGCUGCCGGACUCUCUGGCCGUGUUGCUAUGCAACCUGAAGGCCUCUAAGAAGAAGGGCGUGGUCUCCCAGGCCCGCCUCCUGUGUUGCUCCGCCCCCGACGACCGCGUGGAAGUGCUGGCUCCGCCCACCGGCUCCGCCCCCGGAGACAGAGUCAGCUUCCUCACCUACCCUGGUGAGCCGGACCGGGAGCUGCGAGCCAAUCAGAGGGUUUGGGAGCGUCUGCUGCCCGACCUGACGGUGGACGGCCGGGGCGUCGCCAACUACAAGGGCUGCGGGUUCCAGGUGAAGGGGAAGGGCCUCUGCCGGGCCCCGUCCCUCACCAACUGCUGCAUCAGAUAGACGCGCCAGCCAGCGCUCUUAUUUUGAAAAGCCUGCCCGGCUGCCCGACAGGAAACAUAAUCUGCAGUAAGAGUUUCACUGUUGAGUAAAAGCUUAUUG